AUGGCAACUGACUAUUCAGAUUUUGAAAGUUUGGAAGAUAAUGCUUCAAAUAUACCGGAUUUUACAGGAAACGAAGAAUCCCAGCUUGUUCAAUCUGCGUCUCUACCUUUCACUAAAGAACCUAAUCCUAUUCCUGAAUCUUUGGUGUCCUAUGAACAUAUCGAUUUUACGGAAUAUUUUCUAAAGAUGGAGGGUUUCAGUACUAGAGAAGAACUACAAUCGUGGUGUUUGGCUAUUGGUAGAGAACACAAUUUUCAGGUUGUGUGUAAAUCAUCACAGAUGAAGAACACUCUAGAUAAUGGUCAAGGAUCUCGGAUACAACUCUGUUGUGAAAGAAGUGGUCAUCACACUAGUCAUCGAGGGAAGAACUAUGUGCCAAAGACUACCAUAACAAAAAAGAGAAAGUGUGGCACCAUCAAAUGUAACUGUCCAUUUCGCCUAAAUGGAAGUUGCAAUAAGUAUGAGAUAUGGAAGCUUAGAGUUGGAUGUGGUUACCAUAAUCACCAGCUUCCAACCACAUUGGUAGGACACGGUUAUGCUGGAAGGUUGGAGGAAAAAGAAAAGAUGGAAGUCCAAAAAUUGACAGAAAGUGGGUGUCGACCUCGGGAAAUUCUUACUACUCUCAAAAAAGAUAACCCUAAGAACUGUUCCACCAUGAGAACCAUCUAUAAUGAAAGGCGCAAGCUGAAAAUGUAUGCAAUGCAAGGUAGAUCUAUGAUACAACACUUCUUUAAGUUAGCACAAGAACACCAUUACACGGUUGAGUAUAAGUAUGAUCCCAUGACAAAGAAGGUUACUGAUCUCUUUUUUUCUCAUCCGGUUUCGGUGAAGUUGGCACAAUGUUUUCAUGAAUUUCUUCUAUUGGAUUGCACCUAUAAAACCAACAGAUAUAAGUUACCGUUGUUCCAUGUUGUAUCUCACACGUCGACGGGAGCAACAUUCACUGUUGCGGUAGCUUUCAUGAGUCGAGAAAAAGAAUCAAACUACAUAUGGGCUCUAGAAUGUAUCAAGCGACUCUAUAGAAAAAAUGAAAUUCCAUCGGUUUUCGUUACAGAUUGUGAAGUUGGUUUAAUUAGUGCAAUUCAUCACGUGUUUCCCAAAUCAUCUCAUCUACUUUGUGCAUGGCAUAUCGGGAAGAACGUGUAUGCUCACGGUAAAUGUUACUUCAAACUCAAACCUGCAACUGCCAAUGACAAAGACAGACCAAAGAAGAUUGAUACUGUCAUACCCCGAAAAAAAGAGAAGGGGAAACAAAAGGAAAAGCAGGAUGAGAAGAAAAAGGAACUCAAAAAAUGGUAUGAGGCAUGGAAGGAUGUUUUCACGUCGCCAUCUGAAGAUGAAUAUAAGAAAAAUUUAAAUAAAUUUGUCUCCACUUGGGAACCGAAAUGUAAAGAUGCUGUGAGAUAUGUUAUCAAAACUUGGUUGGAUCCAUAUAAAGAGAAGUUUGUUUCGGCUUGGACCGAUAAAAUUAAACAUUUUAACAACAUCUCCACAAGCAGAGUUGAGAGUGCACACGCCAAGUUGAAAUUACACUUGGGUAACUCACGAGGUAACUUUGUUAAUUGUUUUCUUCGUGCUCAUUGUUCUUACGAAAAUGAGCAUGUUCAUGUUGAGGCCGAGUUCGAGAGAAGCAAAACUAGGCAAAUGCAUGAUCACAGACUCGAAAAUUUAUUUCAAGAAAUCCUCAAUUUUGUGUCAAUUAAAGCUUUGAAGAUUUUAUAUGAUGAGAUACAUAAGAAUGUUGACGUAGGGUCGAUGAAUGUGACAUGCAAUUGUUUGGCUCGUACGGUUAAUGGUCUUCCAUGUGCAUGUGAAAUAAGUGCAUUGAAGAGACAAGGUAAGGUCAUACCGCUCAAUAUUAUUGAUCCGUUUUGGAGGCAAUUGAGUAGUUCACCUCCAUCUCCAAGCCGGAUUAAUCUACCAUUUGAAGAAACACCAGAGUUUUUUGCGAUUCGAGAUACAUGGGAACGAGUGACAGAAAAUGAACAGAUAAGAAUCCUUGCCCAACUGAAACCAAUUGCAUUUCCAUGCACCAUCAACCUUCAAGAGCCAGAAGUAUCCCAAGUGCAUCGAGGUCGCAAGUCCAAGAAGCAACUAAUAAAAGAUAGAUCAACUGUACGAGAGCCGUAUUUCUACGAGCAUAUCGAUAAAACUGUCGAUAUUUUGGUGAAAUUGGGAGAAAAAAAGAACCGUAAAAGUCUAGCAGCGCAAAACAAGGAUACUAACUUAGUUGAUCCAAGGUACUUGAGUGAUAUUCCUUCAGUAAUGCAGAAAUUCAUCGCUGCUACAUAA